GGAGCAUCAUCAGGGACCUGCAAGGAGCACAUCCCCACGUGCCUCAGCUGUCCGUGUGCUGCAGAGAUGGUGCGAGCAACUCCCUUCCUCCUCGUGCUCUUCCUGGCCCUGGGGGCUCACGGUAAAAAGUGCAACCUGACAGGAGAUUGGAAGAAUGACCUGGGCUCCAACAUGACCAUUUAUGAAGUAAAAGAAAAUGGUGAUUUAACCGGCACCUACCUGACAUCUGUGUCGGGGGGGGGGGGGGAGAUCAUUCCUCCACCACUGCUGGGGUCUCAGCACCUCCCAGAUCAGCUGAACCAGCCCACCUUUGGCUUCACUGUCCACUGGUCUACCACAGAUACCAUCAGUGUUUUCACGGGCCAGUGCUUUGUGGAUAAUGAAGGAAAGGAGAUUUUGAAGACCAUGUGGCUGUGGAGGUCACACGACAACAGACUCGAAGAUGACUGGAACGCCACUGUGUGA